GCCGAUUCCAGUUCCAGAUAUACACCUACUGUGUAAAUUCUACUCAGAUGCUACUUUAGACUGAGGGAGGAUUACUGCGUAGUGGAGGCAAGUUCCUGUUUUGCAGAAAAUGUGCUCCUUCACUUUCAGGUUGGUGGAUGGUGGUCUCAUGUUUCUGCUCCUCAGUUUGACUAGGAUUUCUGCCCAGAGAGAAAUGUCCUUAAACCCCACUACAAUAGGUCAUUACACAGAGUCCCCAUGUAAACUAUUUGGCAGGUAUGAAACUACUGUGACAGAGGGGGAGGCCCUUCGUUUGCCAGCCUACUAUGACCUGAGUCAGUUGGUUUGGGCCAGCGUGACUGAGUUUACCUGGUACAGAAACAGAACCCAAGAGCUCCCGUCCUCUGAGGAAGAGCGUGUGCAUCAUCAUGGACCAGUGCUCUUCUUCCUCCCCCUUUUAAUCAACGACUCUGAUCAGUACUACACCUACUGGAGAAAGGCCGCAGACACCUGCCAUAUUUUUGUGACAGAGGUGAUUGUGGUCAAAGCCCAACCGUUCGAUCAUUCAGUCCUGUUUAACGAUAUCUCAGAGUCCGCAUACAACAUCGCUAUCCCAUGUCCUGAGCCCGUGGAAAAACUGUGCCAAGAUGGAAAAGAAAACUUAGCCUGGUAUAAGAAUUUCAGUCCCAUUCCAAACAAGUCUGAGAGAAAUCUGUGGGUGUACGGCGCCUCCAAAGCAGACGAGGGCAUCUAUACGUGUGUGUGCACGUGGGAGCACAAUGGGACGGUUCUCAACACUUCUGCAUCCAGGAGACUAAAGAUCCGAGCUCCCUCUGCCUCACAUCCUCCUCAGAUCAACCUGCCUAGAAACGGAAGCACAGAGACCACUGACCUGUGUAGGGAUCACACCUGGAUCAAAUUCUUCAUAGACACCACUAAGAAGUUGAGGUGUGAAGUGUUUUGUGGGCAGAACAUUGAAGACAACUGUCACGUGUGGUGGGAGAUGAAUGGAGUGAAAGUGCGCUCGCAGCAGCAAGGCUACUCAGUGAACACCACCAGCGAGGUGGAGGUAUCUUCCAUGCGGAGUAUCUUUACGGCUAUCCUGACCAUAAAAACAGUGACUAUGAAGGACCUCCAGUCAAAGUUCACGUGUGUUGCAAUGAACGAACAGCAAUGGAUUUAUGCAGUGGUUACUCUCAAGCUAAGAGGGUUUAUGUUUAUGUGUCUAUGUGUGGUGCUAGUCUUUUUCUUCUUGCUAGCUGCUGUGGCCGUCAAAGUGUUUGACAUCGAUCUGGCGCUCUUCUUCCGUGGAGUUUUCAAAUGCUAUGGUCGAUCUGAGGAUGGGAAGGUCUAUGAUGCUUACGUUGUCUACCAAAUGUAUGGUGUAAACAAAGACAUGGAGGAGAAAGUGUAUCACUUUGUGAGCAGCGUUCUGCCCACUGUCCUGGAGCAGAAGUGUGGCUUUAGACUCUUCAUCCAUGGCAGAGACGACUUACCUGGAGAAGACCGCAUGGAGUUGGUGGAGGCCUGUAUGCAGCUGAGCAGGAAGCUGAUUGUCAUCCUGACCCCCAGCUCAAGCACAUGGUCAGCCUCAGGAGGUCAAGGGUCAUGGGGAUGCUCGUCUUCGUUGACCACAGCAGAUGACUAUGACUGUCAGGUGGGGCUCUACCAGGUUCUGGUCCACAGUGAGAUGAGCGUCAUCCUCAUCCAGCUGGGGGACAUGGGGGAGGGUGGCUACACACACCUGCCCCCCGGCCUGCAGCACCUGGUGCGCAAGAGUGUCCCCUUAAUGUGGCAGGAGGGAAGGCGUGGGUCGAUGCUGCCCAACUCAAGCUUCUGGAAGAGGGUGCAUUACAUGAUGCCUUGGCCGCGCCACUCGACUAGUUAUAACAACCAGUUAAUGACUGUUCUAUGUGAACCAUCAGAAGGUCUAAGGGCUUGAAGUGCGGUUGGAGGUCUGGGAGUCUGUUAUAGAAGAGAACACCCCCAGGUUCUCUGAUAAUCCUUGUUCCAGUCAUAGAAAUAUCAUUAAUUAUUCCAGUGCUGUGCGUUUAACCUCUAAUUCCUCCCAAACCCGGAUCUUUGAGCACCCCCAUCAGUAAAAAGCUGACUAGCAUAGCCUAGCAUAGGGUCACAAGUAAAUACUAGCAUCUAAAUAUCAUUAAAUCACAAGUCCAAGACACCAGAUGAAAGAUACACAUCUUGUGAAUCCAGCCAUCAUUUCUGAUUUUUAAAAUGUUUUACAGGGAAGACACAAUAUGUAAAUCUAUUAGCUAACCACGUUAGCAAAAGACACCACUUUUUUUACUCCACCAUUUUUUUACUGCAUCAGUAGCUAUCACAAAUUCGAACAAAUAAAGCUAUAAAUAGCCACUAACCAAGAAACAACUUCAUCAGAUGACAGUCUGAUAACAUAUUUAUUGUAUAGCAUAUGUUUUGUUAGAAAAAUGUGCAUAUUUCGGGUAUAAAUCAUAGUUUACCAUUGCAGCCACCAUCACAACUCUCACCAAAGCGACUAGAAUAACUACAGAGAGCAACGUGAAUUACCUAAAUACUCAUCAUAAAACAUUUCUGAAAAAUACACAGCGUACAGCAAAUGAAAGACAAAGAUCUUGUGAAUCCAGCCAAUAUUUCAGAUUUUUUAAGUGUUUUACAGCGAAAACACAAUAUAGCAUUAUAUUAAUUUACCACAAUAGCCAGAAACACAACACCAUUUACCAGCAGCAAAGGUUAGCGAUCGUAACAAGCAAGCAAAAGAUAUAUAAUUUGACUAACCUUCAUAAACUUCUUCAGAUGACAGUCCUGUAACAUCAUAUUACACAAUGCAUAUAGGGUUUGUUCGUAAAUGUGCAUAUGUAGCGGCACAAAUCGUGGUUAUACAAUAUGAGUAGUGGCCAAAACUUCAAGCAAUCUGUCCGGCGCCAUCUUGGAGAGGCACCUAAUCUAAUCGAAAACUAUUCAUAAACUUGACAAAAAAAUACAGGUUGGACAGCAAAUGAAAAAUACAUUAGUUCUUAAUGCAACCGCUUUGUUAGAUUUUUAAAAUUAACGUUACUGCGCAAUACAGCGUGCGCUAAAGCGAGACUGCACCGAAAUUCAUGGCGCAAUUAUUGUUUGACAUUUGUCUACAUAAAUACGAAUUAACAGCAUAAAGACUUCUUACUAUUUGACGAGCUUCCAUCAGAAUCUUGGGCAAGGUGUCCUUUCUCCAGAACAAUCGUCUUUUGGUUGAAAGAUGUCCUCUUCUCCUGUAGAAAUAGCAGCUAACGCUAGCUAUGUGCAGGAGAGGUGUCCAACUCGUGAAAGCGCGUGACAAAGAAUUCCAGAAAAUCGCAAUAAACUGAUAUAAACUGCUAUAAGUCGGUUUAAAUUAACUACCUUAUGAUGUCUUUAACACCUAUAAUGAAUAAAAACAUGACCGGAUAUAUCUAAAGGCCUAUAACCGGAGCGUUCUAGAGCCACAGCCAGAGUUCCUUCCUGCGUCAGAGCAAAGUGAAAAAUGUCCGGACACUUUGUUCUGAGGUCUUUUAUAAGCUCUCAGUUCUGCCUAGCAACCCCAUUUCAACUCUCACUAUUCGCUGACACCCAGGGGAAGAUGUAUGCAGUGCAUCUCAACCAAUAGAAGACAGGCAGAUUUAUAAACAGAUCUCAGAACAGCAAGAAGAUUUCUGCAUUCUCACAUCCUCAUAGGAAAAAUGCUCUAACUCGAGUUCUGUUUCACUCACAGACAUAAUUCAAACGGUUUUAGAAACUAGAGAGUGUUUUCUAUCCAAUAGUAAUAAUAAUAUGCAUAUUGUACAAGCAAGAAUUGAGUACGAGGCAGUUCAAUUUGGGAACGAAAUUAUUACAAAGUGCAAAUAGCACCCCCUAUUGAGAAGAAGAUUUAUUAACCACAAUAUUUGUUGUAUUAUUUGUUCUGUCUUUUCAGGUGGAUUAAACUGAAAUUGCAACCAACUUUCUAAGGCUGGUUUAAAAAAUGACGAUAUUUUGGAGAUUAUUUCCUCUCUGUCUGUUUAUCACAUCUCUGUUUGUGAUUCAAUACGUAAUAUAGUACACUUAUCAUAAUUUGGUUUUAAUCCAGAGAGGAUAGCAAAGGUAUCUAGAUCCUCUGAGGCCGUGGAGAGAUUCUAAUUGUGGUUUUAAAAGAAAACAUUAAUCAUCAGCGUACAAUGACGCCUUAGUUUUUAAGCCGCGGAUUUCUAAUCCCUUAAUAUUAUUGUUUGAUCUAAUUUUAACAGCUAACAUUUCGAUGGCAAUAAUAAAUAGAUAUGCCGAUAGUGGACAACCUUGUUUUACUCCUCUAAAUAGUUCAAAACUUUCUGAGAUGUAGCCAUUAUUUACUAUAUUACACCUAGGGUUACAAUACAUAACUUUAACCCAUUUUAUAAGAGGUUCCCCAAAAUUGAAAUAUUGUAGGUAUUUCUAUAUAAACUCCAGUCAUACUUUAUCAAAAGCCUUUUCAAAAUCAGCUAUGAAAACCAGGCCUGGUGUCCCCUAUAUUUCAUAGUAUUCUAUUGUUUCCAGUACUUGUCUUAUAUUAUCUCCAAUGUAUCGUCCAUGUAAAAAAAACUGUCUGAUUAGGAUGAAUAAUAUCUGACAAUACUUUUUUAAUUCUAUGCGCCAAGCAUUUUGCUAGGAUUUUUGCUUCACAACACUGAAUUGUAAGAGGUCUCCAAUUUUUUUAAUUGACGAGAUCUUUAUAUAUACCACUUGGGUCCUGUUUCAGAAAUAAUGAUAUCAGACCUUCUUGUUGCGUGUCUGAUAAUCUACCAUUUUAUAUAGGAGUGGUUAAAACAUGCUAAUAAUGGUCCUCUGAGUAUAUCAAAAAAAAGUUGUGUAUACUUCCACUGGUAUGCCAUCUAGCCCUGGAGUUUUCCCAGCCUUAAAGGCUUUAAAUGCAUCAAGAAGUUCCUCCUCUGUAAUUUGGCCUUCACAUGAGUCUUUUUGUACAUGUGUUAAUUGUUAAUUUGACAUUAUUAUUAAGUAAAAAAUCCAUACAAUUAGUUUCAGUUAGUGGAGAUGGAGGAGACUGAAAUGAAAACAUAUCUUUAAAGUACUCCUCUUUCAAAAUAUCAUUUGGUGAAUCAUGCAUGACUCCAUCAUUUGUUACACGUUUAAACAAAAACAAAUUGGUAGCAUUUCUAUAUUCAAGAUUGAAAAAGAAUUUGGUGCGUUUUUCCCCAUAUUCCAUUCAGUUCGCUUUAUUUUUAUAAUAUAUUACACUGGAUCUUUCUUGAAUAAGUUCCUCAAUUUCUUUUUCCUCUAACUUAUUCUGUGCCUCUAUGGUACCGUUUUUAUUGCUAUCUAACUGUACUGUUGUCCUUCGAUUUCCUUUGUUAAUAUGGACUCUGUUGAUCUUUUGGAAAUUCUGUAAGAGUAAUAUAUAUGCCAAUUAUGUGAUGAUCCGACCGCAUUCUGUCCCUUAUCAACACUUUUUAAACUUUUGGUGCCAGAGAGGUCAGGGUAUUUAAGUCUCCAAAUAUCCACUAAUUCCAAUAUAUCCAUGACAUUCAUGAUUUUCUUAAGUGCCUGAGGGUGAUAGUUUGUUGUGUGAUUGAAUUUUUGGUCCAUAGAGGUAUUUAAGACUGUAUUAAAAUCUCCCACCAUAAUAAUAGAGUCUAGUGUUGCUUGUAGAGUUGAUCAAUUCUUAUAGACAUUUUCAAAGAAGCUUGGAUCAUCAUUAUUUGGGCCCUAUAGGUUAAUAAGCCUUAUCUGUUAAUUGUCCAAUAACAUAUUUAAAAUAAUCCAUAUACCUUGAUGAUCUGUUUGGACAAUUUGCACAUUUGGAUCAAAAUUACUGUUAAUUAAAACCAUCACUCCUUUUGAA